AUGCUCAAGAAGACAUUAACUUUCAAACUCUUACAGGCCCUUGUAAGUGCAGAUGAAGACCAGACUUAUGAAGGCUUCUACACACAGCUCCAGACAAUGGAUGAUUAUCUUACCAAGCUCAAGAAUAUACAGAACAGUGGCAGAAGACAUUACAUUCAUACAUCUGCACUGACAGAUAACCCAGCCACUCAUACACUCACACUGAAGAACAAUGAUGCAGAUGCCAUGAACUGGAUAGAUUCAAAUGCCUAUGCACAAGCAAGAGUUUCCACUGUUUGA